AUGGGAUCUAGGUCCUUAAGGCACAUGAUACUCAGUCAAAGGCCACCGACGAGUUCUUUAGUGAAUAGAUCUAAAGUUUUUGGCAGAGACGAAGAUAUGUGGAAGAUUAUUCGAUUGUUGCAAAGUCGUCCUAGUAACAAUGAUAAUAAUUUCUCGGUGCUGCCCAUUGUCGGCAUAGGUGGAGUUGGAAAGACAACCCUUGCUCAAUUUGUCUAUAACCAUGAGAUUAUCCAGAAACAUUUUAAUCUGAAAGCUUGGGUCUGUGUUUCCGAAGAUUAUGAUGUGGUCAAGUUAACUCAAAAAAUUCUGGAGUCAAUCCCUGGGUCAACCCUUCCUUCUAAUUCACUAGAUGCAUUACAGGUUAAACUCAAAGAAACAUUGACUAACAAAAGAUUUUUAUUUGUUUUGGAUGGCAUGUGGAACGAGAUCGAUGAUGACAUGUGGAACGAGAUCUACGAGAGAUGGGAUGCUUUAAGGAUCCCUUUCACAUUUGGUAAGCCAGGGAGCAAGAUAUUAGUUACAACACGAAACAAAGGUGUAGCAUCAAUCCUACGCACUGAUCAUUGCCAUUACCAUGAUCUAAAAGGUUUGUCAGACAAGGAUUGUUUGGAAAUCUUUAGAAGGCAUGCUUUCAUGGAUGAGAAUUCAUCUUAUGCCAAUGAAAAGUUGAAAGUAUUUGGAGAAAAAAUUUUAAAUAAGAGUAAGGGUUUACCUUUGGUUGUAAAGAUAUUUGCUGGCGUCUUGCGAGUUAAAACGGAGAACAGUGAAUGGAAAGAUACUUUGGAGAAACAGGUAGAACCCAAUAUUAAUCUUGUCACUCAUAAUUCAGAAAAUGGUUCUACUGUUUCACAAAACACAUCCUUCAAUAAAUUUGUGCAUGGUGUUGAUCCCCAAAUUCACCUCAUUUUUAACAUGCGGAAAAGAUCUUGCUUGUGA